AAUGGCUCGUCAACUAAUUGUUGUUGCCCUCAUUUUCGUAGCCAUGACAGGUAUGGUCAUGGCCGAAGUAGCUCCAUCUGCAUCACCUAAAUCAUCUGCAUCGGCACCAAAAGCCUCAUCACCAAAAGCCUCGUCACCAAAAGCCGCCUCAUCACCAAAAUCAUCACCUGCUCCCGCAUCUUCUCCAAAGGCAACCCAUUCCGCUUCAGCACCGGCUCCUACAACCUCUUCUCCUGCAUCUUCACCCUCCGACUCUGGGGAUGAAGAUAUUUCAGCUCCACCAGCACCAGGCAGUGACCCUAUUGAGCUCUUUGGUCCUGGACCCGCCCCAGCUGAUGAUGGCUUUGCUCCUGAGACCACCGCAGCAGACGAGAUCACCAGCGGUGCCUCCACCGCUCAAUUCUCCUUAGUUGCAGCCAUUGUUGCUGUUGGCGGAUUCUAUGCCUUCUAAAUAGCAGGUGUUAAUAUUUUUGAUGAGGUCUCUUGGGACGUGUUUGCUUAGCAACACGUUGUUAUAUAACAUUGUGUGCUUUGUGCAUGCAUGGUUUAAUAUUACUCAU